UCUGAGCUCUCUAAGUAAGCUUAACUUGAGAAAAAUGAAAAUAAUUUCAACCAAGAAGUUUAUUCUGUUUGCUCUAGCUACAGUGAUCUUUCUCACAGCAAACAGCAUAUGCCUAAAUGAACCAGUGAAGUUCAGGCUGCAGAGCAGAGAAGACAAUGAUGAUAAAUAUUAUCAGAUUAAAGAAAAUAUUUUGGAAGAAAAGCAGAGGAGUCUCAAUUUUGAUGAAAUGGAAGACUGGGGAUCAAAAGAUAUCAUUAAAAUGAACCCUUUUACAGCAAGCAAGAUGCCAAAUUCCGUUGUUAAUUUACCUCUUAGAUUUGGAAGAAAUUAUCCAGAAGAAAGAAGCAUUAAACCAUUUGCUAAUUUGCCCCUGAGAUUUGGAAGAGCUUUUGGAGACAACAUACCUAAUCAUGCUCCAAAGGUAUCACACAGGCUUGGGAGAUCUCCACUUGUUAAAGGUUCCAGUCAAUCACUUCUAAAUUUGCCACAGAGAUUUGGGAAGUCACUGCCUGUCAAUCUGCCUGAAGACAUUCAGGAAUCUGAACCAGGGAUAUGAAUUCGAAGAGUUACGUUAAUACUGGAAUGAAAUUACGAAGACAGAAUCUGAAAGACUCGGAAAAGCUGCAAUGUGUUUUCAAAACUAAAGGUCAUGAAAAGGAAACGUGUGAAUUGAAAUGCAAACCUGCCUUCAAGUAUGCAUAGCACAUUUUUUCUGUACAAACCCUUGACAUAUAAGCCAAUGAUAAUUGCAGUGAUUGUUGUAGUAGCUUACUUCAGUGGCAGUGUAGUAUAAAUUCUAUUUAUUUCUGUGCUACUUAUGUCCUAUUGGUUGUAAAAGCAAAUUAUGGAACAAUGGCUGUGAAAUUUAAAGCAUUUUAAGCAGAAUUAAAAGAAGCAUAAAAUUAAUAAAGAUGCAUGGUUCAAAUAAAAAGAAUCCUACAAUGUGAAUAACAAUGAGAA